AUGAGGAUGCAACCGCGAGCGAUGAAGAAUGACAGCCGGCCGCGCAUCCUCAGUCACUUUAUUCCACCUACGCUGUGUCAUCAUCUGGUCCUGGUGAUGCGUGACAUGACCGACUUAUCUUCAAGACUUUAUUGCGUAAUUGUUCUAUUCUCGUUAUGCGAGACGAAAACGUACUCUCUAGUUUCGUAUACUUGCACGACUGCAAGUACGCGAACAUUAACAGAUUCAGAACGUUCAUCUUCGGAAUCGAUAUCUAUUUUCGAAGAAAUGGAGAACCGAUUGUCGAGCCUCGAACGGAAAUUGCGAACGGUCGAACAGCCAGUUUGGCAGAUUAGCUUGAGAGAAGAGGACUGGGAGAUUUGCGCGGAAGGACCAUGCAAAUGUGUACCGGAAGUGAAAUCAGUGUCUUGUUGGAGAUACGAUCUCUUGGACCUACCUUCGUCGCAACUGGUUCCCGCCGAUGUAUUAAAACUGGAUCUUGGAAGUAAUCGACUUAGUAUUCUACAUAGAGACACAUUUAAAAACAUGACGCAGCUGUACCAUUUAGAUCUGAGCAGCAACCUUAUCGAGCAUUUAGCAUCGAAUUUACUCUUGCCACUGCACGGUGUCGCAAAUGUCAGGCUUAGUAACAAUCUCUUGAAGGAAAUUCCACGAAAUCAGUUCAUCGGAUUAACAAAUCUUCGAAUACUCGAUCUGUCAUCGAACAAACUUCGUAGUUUGCCGGGAGAUCUUUUUCUGAGCAAUAAACUUUUGGCUUUAUUAGAUCUCUCGUCCAAUCACAUCUCAUCGUUAUCUCCCAGUAUAUUUCGUGGUCUUGGGAAUCUCGAAGAAUUAUUGCUCAGUAAAAACCGGCUAAUCAGAUUACCCAUUCCAAUUUUCCAAGACACGAUUAAUUUGAGACGCCUUGCACUCGAAGAAAAUCGUGUGAAAGAGCUGCCUAACGGUAUAUUAAGAAAUCUAACUUCUCUCAAAGAGUUAGAUAUGAGAGAUAAUCGAUUAACAGAUAUAUCUAAAGGAUUAUUCUCAGCCCUUGUACAACUAGAACUUCUGGAAAUAUCAAGCAAUAGAAUAUCUCGUAUUGAUACAAGAGCCUUUCUCAGCAUGACAGCGCUUCGAGAACUCCGGCUAGGACAUAAUCAUAUAAAAUACUUGCCACCUGGAUUAUUCAACAAUUCUAUGUCUUUACAACGUCUUAUCCUCUAUGGUAAUCGUAUAGAAAUCUUAAUAAGAGGUGUCUUUCGUGGAUUAUCUAAUGUCACCUCUCUUUUCUUGCAAUCUAAUCGAUUAAGAGUGGUGCAGUCAGGAGUUUUCGAGGAUACGCCGAGAUUGCAGAAACUGCAAUUGGAAUCAAAUGACAUCUCUUUUCUGCCAGCUGGCAGUUUGGAUGCCAUAUUGAUGAUUCAACAGAUACGUUUGAAUCGAAAUCCUUGGCAUUGCGAUUGUCGUGCCUCUUAUAUCGUCUCUUGGCUGCGCAGAAGAUUCGCCAGUUUCAUGAAUUUAACUAAUUCGUUGCAGAUACAACAAGCUUUGAUCUUGACAGGUAAUUGGAGUAUUUGGGAAUUUGGAGCUGGUGCAACAUGUAGAGGUCCUAGAAUUUUAGAUGGACAGUCGUUGCUGCGGUUGACCUUUCACGAACUCUGCGAAGGUCAAUGGGCUUCCAUGAAGGGUAUCGUACCACGAUUACCUCUCGAUGUUUUAAUGCCAUUCAUUACGUCGCGUGAAGUCAGAAAAGACACAAUUUUAACAUAAUUUUGGGAUAAUUUUAAUAUAAUUUGAUUAAAUAUUAC